CUCUCUUUCUCCUGUCUCUCUCUUUCUCACACACACACUGUCUUGGAAAAUGGAGAUUAAUCCCCCAAGUGUAGAAAAGUUCGAGCAAAUAUCAUGCAACUUAGAUGAGCAGGGUUCAGGGGAGCAAGUUCGGGCUUAUACAUGUACCUUCUGCAAGAGAGGCUUCUCAAAUGCACAAGCCCUAGGAGGUCACAUGAAUAUCCAUAGGAAAGACAGGGCCAAGCUCAAACAAACCGAAGAUGAAAGCCUACUCUCUGUGGACAUGGAAAAGAAGAAUCCCUUAAUCCAUCCUCAGCCAUCUGCAGACAACUUAUCUCAACUGGGAUCAACGGAAGGCAAAGAUUGCACACUUAAAAGGCCAUUGACCUUGUCUGGAGAAGACGAUAUCAGUCCUUCAGGGAAAGAUGGCAUGGAAAAACUGCACCAGCUGUCCUUGUUUUCUGAGAAGCCAUCAAAGGGCAAUGAUCAAAGGGCAAGUUCUGCUGGCGGGCAUGAGGAGAAGACAAGGCACAGUCAUCAUGGUUCAUCUCAGAAAGAAUUGGACCUGGAGCUUCGUUUAGGGCCAGAACCCCAUGAGACAUCUGCAUCCGGAUCCAGAGAGUUCUUUUGAAUUUGCAGAGAAUAGGGUGGAUGUGAUUUAAUGAAUAGGUUUUCUUCUCAUCCUUUUCUUCUACUACUUUAUGUUCAAAGAGAUAU